GUCUUAUUAAUGAAGCAAAAUUAAUCCCACUAAAUCGUCUCUUUGCCUAUAAAUAAAUCCCUCUCUUUCCUUUCUUCUUCAAUCUUUCCCUCUCGAUCGAACGCAAAAACUCAGCGAAACUCGCAAACGACAGCGUUUCAUAGCCGACGAUGCUUUCUUCAUCUCCGAGCUCCUUCACUCAUCCAUUUCUCUCUUCUUCCCCUCCUCUCUCCCCUUUAUCCCCGCCGUCUCGCAUGGCUCGGAUCUCUCCUCCUCUAGUCUCCGCCUCUUGCUCUUACACCUGCGCCGAAGACUCGCCCAGGUUGCAUCAGAUCCCGCGGCGAUUGACGACGGCGACUGCUUCCCUCUACGACGUCCUCGAGGUUCCGUUAGGCGCGACGAGCCAGGAUAUCAAAUCGGCAUACCGGAGAUUAGCCAGGAUCUGCCAUCCCGACGUGGCGGGAACCGAUCGGACUAACUCGUCGGCGGAUGAGUUCAUGAGGAUCCACGCCGCGUACUGCACGCUUUCCGAUCCUGAGAAACGCUCUGUUUACGAUCGGAGGAUGCUGCGGCGGAGCCGUCCUCUGUCCGUUAGUACCUCCGGGUUGGGCAGUUACGUCGGACGGAACUGGGAAACUGAUCAGUGCUGGUAGCGAGUUGACUCGGUGAACGAGUUUGACCCAGCCGAGUUUAAUUAGAUGUAAAUACGAAAGGCGAGCAAAGACGGGCUUUGACGUUUGUAAUUAAUAAUAGUAAGUGUUAUAGUUAAGCUAACACGGACGAGGAUUAGUGUGUGUGUGUGUGCUAACAUACGCCUUGUGUUUACGUUAGGAUCUCCGCGUUUUUUUUACCUUGUGAAUCCUAAAUUAUAUAAUCAAAUGAUAAACAAUAUAUAUAAUUUGCUUUCAUU